AUGACAGCUUCAAACUUGCAAUCUGAACCAUGCAGUGCAAUUUAUCCCUAUGCUCUUCUGUCCACAUACCGUCUUCUCUUGUGCCAGGUUUGUGCGAUCGCCUCUGUAGCCGAUGAGGUUGCUACGCAUUUGAGAACACGACAUCGCGAUAUACAGCCAGAGCGUCGUCAGGAGCUGGCAGUGAAGAUAAAACAGAUCCCGAAUAUUCUCCACAGUCGGGACGACCUACGUCACUAUUUACAGUACCCAACGGAUACAAUUCAACCCAUCCCGUAUCUUGCGCCGCCAAAACCAGAUGGUUUGAAAUGUCGUGCUUGCGGCCAUAUUGUUCGUCGAGUCGAAAAGAUACAAAAACAUUGCGCUGAAAAGCAUCAAUGGAUGAACCCACGAGGCAGGGGAAGACCAGCACCGAAUUGCCACGUAUCCGCUUACGAGCUACCAUGGGAGGAACAUGUCGCGUGUCAACGAUUCUUUCCUUCUCGUGAAGGUAGCAAAUGGUUCCAGGUCAACAUACGGAUAAAGGAACAGGCGAACAGACCAGGAGCAAAACCUAGUGCCAAGAAGCCACAAGGAACGCUCCAGGCCCUAACAUCUGAGGCAUCUAUACAUCUACAACAAGUCAUAGAGCGGGACACUCAAUAUCGGGAAGCUUUGAGUCAGCAGCCACGAGCAACCGUAGAUGACGCAGGCACCAAUACAUUCCCUGCUACAAGCCUGUGGCUAGACAGGACACAAUGGCCGUCGAUCUAUCGAGGUUCCCGUCGAGAUGUUCUGCGAGCGUUAACCAGAUCACCUGACCGUCACUCCCUUGACGACGACUAUAUUCUGGGACAGGGCAUCUUGGACAGUGCGCAGGACCUCAUAAGUCCACGAAAGGAUGAACAGAAGGUUUCAUUCAUUAUGAAAGCACUUGGCUCUGUGAUAAACCGUUGUGAGGAUACGGUUUGCGCUACUAGUCGCAAUUUUCUCUGCUGGCUGCUUAGCUCAAGACUCCAGAGCCGUCGGGAGUUUGGUUUCAAGCUUGUUGUAGAGAGGAGUAGCGAGAUUAGAUACCGAAGGACUCAGAAGCAAUUCUUGGCUUUUGUCCUGCGAAUCUACCGAAUGCCGGAUGACUCUCUUCGAGAAAUGGUCAACGUGAAGAUGAAGCCUGGCAUUAUUACCCAGUUAGAUCGCAUUUGGGAGCAUAGCAUUUGGAACUACUUUGACCUAGCGAAAGGGACUUGGCCAGUUAUAGAGAGGCAGAGAAGUCCCCUGGCAGGAACAUGCUCUAGUCUCAUAGGCGGCCAAUGUAUUAGUAGUUCUCUUAAUAAUCGACCUUGUCAGGGGUCAGAUGCGGAAAACGGCACCGAGGACAGCGAGACAGAUGACGAGAAUGUUGAGGCUUGGGAGCUUGAUGAUGACGAAGAUGACGAGGAUGGCGAGAGCGAUUAUGACGAUUCUGGACAUUACAACGACUUUGAUGACUUUGUGUUACGCUCAGCACCGAAAGUUAUCUCGAUGGGCAACCAAGCUUUACACUGCUCAUAUAUUUCAGCGGCAUCCUUGGAUUUUCCUCAGACUGUCAGAGAUUCCAACUCGCUGGACAGUACUGCUCAAAACUGGUCUAUCGGUAUCCCACAACGGCCAGACGCUGGGCAAUUCGAGUGCUUUAAUCAAAUCCGAGCCAAGUAUAUGGUUCUGGGUUCACAAUACCCAUUGGCAGAGCUGAUAAGCCUUCGAGAUUUCGGACGCAACAUUGCACGCACUGAACCACCAUCUAUGCUUUUCCACUGGAGCAACGAUAGUGAGACGGUAUCUCAUGCCACCUUUAAAUAA